UCUCAGGGCUUCUUUGACUGUGUAUAAGCAGCAGCAUCUGUUCUGACAAAAGCUUCAGCGCUUUAAGUUGAUGUUUUACUGUCGACAGAGAGUCUUAUCCAAACCACUGUUUCACUCCCUGGCUCAGCUUUUUUUGUUUAGGAAUUCCCGAAAACUGACCCCCAAAAUGUCUUUUCAGUACCCCCAGGCUUUCCGUGACGAGGCAGUUCUGGAUGACUAUCAUGGCAGCAAAGUACCGGAUCCAUACAGCUGGCUGGAGGAUCCUGACAGUGAAAAGACACAGGCUUUUGUCAGCGCUCAGAACCAGCUGACGUUGCCGUUUUUAGAGUGCUGUGAGGUGCGAGACCUCAAGGAGCGUAUGACUGAGCUGUAUGACUAUCCCAAGUACAGCUGCCCCUUCAAGAGGGGAAGCAGGUACUUUCACUUCUACAACACAGGCCUUCAGAACCAGAGCGUGAUGUACGUGCAGGAGAGCUUAGAUGCUGAGCCCACAGUCUUCUUGGAUCCAAACACAUUUUCUGAUGAUGGCACAGUUGCCCUGCGAGGCUAUGCAUUCUCUGAGGACGGGGAGUAUUUGGCGUAUGGCACCAGCGCCAGCGGGUCCGACUGGGUGGAGAUCCGCUUCCUGCGGGUGGACGGUGCCGUGCCUCUGGAGGACCGCCUGGAGCGAGUCAAGUUUAGCUGCAUGUCCUGGACUCAUGAUGGGAAGGGCCUUUUCUACAAUUCCUACCCUGACCAGGAGGGCAAAAGUGACGGCACUGAGACCUCCACCAACCUGCAUCAGAAGCUAUACUUUCAUGUUUUGGGGACUCCGCAGUCUGAGGACGUCCUGUGCGCCGAGUUUCCAGACCAUCCUAAAUGGAUGAGUGGGGCUGAGGUAUCGGAUGAUGGGCGCUACGUGCUGCUGUCUAUUAGAGAAGGUUGUGAUCCUGUCAACAGGCUGUGGUAUUGUGACCUUCAGACCACUCCUCAGGGUAUUACAGGACUUUUGCCAUGGGUGAAGUUAAUCGACAACUUUGACGCGGAAUACGAAUACGUGACCAACGAGGGCACGUUGUUUACUUUCAAGACCAACCUGGACGCCCCACGUUACAGACUCAUCAAUAUCGACUUUGCCUCUCCUGAUCAGAGCAAAUGGAAGGAGCUCAUCCCUCAACACGACAAGGACGUUAUCGUGUUCGCUACCUGUACAUACUCCAGCUAUCUAUUUGUGUGUUUCCUCCAUGACGUGAAGAAUGUGUUGAAAAUGUACCGUCUAAGCUCAGGGGAGGAGCUGAGGACCUUUCAUCUCGACGUCGGCUCAGUGGUCGGCUUCACAGGAAGAAAACGGGACUCGGAGAUCUUCUACUAUUUUACUUCUUUCCUAUCACCAGCCAUUAUUUACCAUUGCGAUCUAACUAAGGAGCCACUGCAGCCCCACAUUUUCAGAGAGGUCACCGUCAAAGGCUUCAACCCCUCCGACUACCAGACCACCCAGAUCUUCUAUCCCUCAAAAGAUGGCACUGAAAUCCCCAUGUUCAUUGUUCACAAGAAGGGUAUCAAGCUAGACGGCUCCCAUCCAGGCUUUCUGUACGGAUACGGAGGCUUCAACAUCUCCAUCACGCCAAGCUACAGUGUUUCCCGCCUCAUCUUUGUCAGACAUCUGGGGGGAGUUCUGGCUGUUGCCAACAUCAGAGGAGGGGGAGAGUACGGGGAGACCUGGCACAAAGCUGGCAUGUUGGCAAACAAACAGAACUGCUUCACGGACUUCCAGUGUGCAGCUGAAUAUCUCAUCAAGGAGGGAUACACUUCUCCUUCCAAACUGACUAUAAAUGGAGGUUCCAACGGAGGCCUGCUUGUAGCGGCCUGCGUGAACCAGAGGCCUGAGCUGUUUGGUUGCGCUGUAGCUCAGGUAGGCGUCAUGGACAUGCUGAAAUUCCACAAGUUCACCAUCGGACACGCCUGGACCACAGACUUCGGCUGUUCAGAAGACAAAGAGCAAUUUGAGUGGCUCAUCAAGUACUCUCCACUUCAUAACAUCCGCGUCCCAGAAGGCAACGGAGUCCAGUACCCAGCAGUCCUCCUGCUGACCGGGGACCACGAUGAUCGGGUGGUGCCUCUCCACUCCCUCAAAUACAUCGCCACCCUGCAGCACAUCGUGGGCCGCAGCGGCAAGCAGUCAAACCCCCUCUUCAUUCUAGUGGACACAAAGUCGGGCCACGGUGCCGGAAAGCCCACCAGUAAGGUCAUCCAGGAGGUGGCUGACACCUACGCCUUCAUCGCUCGCUGUCUCAACAUCUCCUGGGUCAAAUAACCUGCCCGUUAAAGCGUGUGUUAUGUUUAGUUUUUCUCUGCUCAAAUCGUCUUUAGAAUACUGUUCAUACCAGCUGUUGACACUUUUUUUAUAGCACCAACACUUAGCACAGAACUCGUAUUUACCCAGCCACCAUUACGAUAUCUCUUUUUGUUUUGUUGUCUUUUUUUGUGCUGAUGUACGUUUGUCCCUCCCUCCCCUCUCAGCAUGAGUCUGUAACAUUACAGACUCUCUCAACAAUAAGCCAA